GCGGUGCUGCGGAGCGGGGCCCGGAGCGGGGCCGGAGCGGGGGCCGCGGCCUCCCUGCACCUCCUCCCGCCAUGCGCCAGGGAAGCCCGGGGGGCCGGGCCCCCCUCGAGCCCGACCCCGACCCCGGGCCCCCGGCGCCCCCCAACCCCUUCGUGCACGAGCUGCGGCUCUCCCGCCUCCAGAGGGUGAAGUUCUGCCUCCUGGGGCUGCUGCUCGCCCCGCUCCGCGUGCUCCUGGCCUUCGUCGUCCUCUUCCUCCUCUGGCCCUUCGCGUGGCUGCAGGUCGCGGGGCUGACGGAGGAGCAGCUGCGGGAGCCGAUUACCGGGUGGAGGAAGACCCUGUGCCACAACGGGGUGCUGGGCCUGAGCCGCCUGCUCUUCUUCCUGCUGGGCUUCCUCCGCAUCCGCGUGCGCGGCCGGCGCGCCUCCCGCCUGCAGGCCCCGGUGCUGGUGGCCGCCCCGCACUCCACCUUCUUCGACCCCAUCGUCCUUCUGCCCUGCGACCUGCCCAAGGUGGUGUCGCGGGCCGAGAACCUGUCCGUGCCGGUCAUUGGAGCCCUUCUGCGGUUCAACCAAGCCAUCCUGGUGUCACGGCACGACCCGGCCUCCCGCCGCCGCGUAGUGGAGGAGGUCCGCAGGCGAGCCACCUCGGGAGGGAAGUGGCCUCAGGUUCUGUUCUUUCCUGAAGGCACGUGUUCCAACAAGAAGGCUUUGCUUAAGUUCAAACCAGGGGCCUUCAUCGCAGGGGUGCCUGUGCAGCCUGUCCUCAUCCGUUACCCCAACAGUGUGGACACCACCAGCUGGGCAUGGAGAGGCCCCGGAGUACUCAAAGUCCUCUGGCUCACAGCAGCCCAGCCCUGCAGCUUCGUGGAUGUGGAGUUCCUCCCCGUGUACCAGCCCAGCCCCGAGGAGAGCAGAGACCCCACCCUGUAUGCCAACAAUGUCCAGAGGGUCAUGGCACAAGCUCUGGGCAUUCCAGCCACUGAAUGUGAGUUUGUAGGAAGCUUGCCUGUGGUUGUGGUAGGUCGGCUGAAGGUAGCAUUGGAGCCACAGCUCUGGGAACUGGGCAAGGUGCUUCGGAAGGCUGGGCUGUCCCCUGGCUGUGUGGAUGCGGGAGCAGAGCCGGGCAGGAGCCGGAUGAUCAGCCAGGGGGAGUUCGCCAGGCAGCUGCAGCUCUCGGACCCCCAGACAGUGGCUGGUGCCUUCAGCUACUUCCAGCAGGAUGCCAAGGGUUUGGUGGACUUCCGAAAUGUGGCUUUGGCACUAGCGGCUCUGGACGGUGGCAGGAGCCUGGAGGAGCUGACUCGUCUGGCCUUCGAGCUGUUUGCUGAGGAGCAGGCAGAGGGAUCUGGUCGCCUGCUGUGUAAAGACGGCUUCAGCACCAUCCUGCACCUGCUGUUGGGCUCACCCCACCCUGCUGCUGCCAUGCUGCACGCUGAGCUCUGCCGGCCAGGACCCAGCCGAGGCCUCUCCCUCUAUGAGUUCCAGAAGUUUUCCCUUCACGACCCUCUCUAUGGGAAGCUCUUCAGUACCUACCUGCGCCCCCCCCACAAGCCUCACAGCAUCUCCCAGAUACCAAACGCCUUGACCCCGGGCAGCCCCACGGCGCUGGCCAACGGGACUCUGCAAGCACCCAAGCCCAAGGGCGACUGAUCGCCUGGGCCUCUCCCAUGUGCCCCGGCCUUCCCUCCUCCCCCCCGUGCCUGGGCCUCCCCCAUGCGCCCC